CAUAUCUGGCCGUGUCUGCUGGUGUAACCGUGAGAAACCUGUCGACGUUCAGAGCUCAAAUUUCUGCUAGUGGUGUUUUCAACAUUGCCAAACAUAAUUCACAGAUCACUUUCUCUUAAGUCAUGCAUCAUCCAAGUCCUCCGACCCCUCCCCAUGUCUCCAUUAUGGACAUCUUCUUCCCGGGCUUUACUGGCGUCACUGCGGCAAUCCAUCAGCUUCUUAACGGCAACUUAGAUGGGUACGCUGGUUUGUUGUGCGUCUGUGGGGUGUUGAUGGUUUGCAGCAAGUUCCUUUGCAAGACCGUGGGAGGAUUAGUGGACACCUACUUCACUUCAAAGACCAAUGUCCACGAUCCCGAUGAGGCAUACGACAUGCUGGAGGCAUGGGUGUCUGCCCAAGACUUCUCCAAAGAUGCUAGCUCCUCGCUCGUUAGUGUUGAAAGCAGAAGAGGAAAGCCCAUGUCCCAGCUAAACCCCGAUACCGCAGCUAAGAAACAUCUUCGCUUUACACCUUGGGGAGAACCUCUGUCUUUUUGGUAUCGAGGACGUCGUCUCACUUUACGAUGCACGCAAGAUAAAGCAGCAUUGUUUCCGCGCAACACGAUGACAGUUUCGUGCGUCGGGCUUUCUUCGCAGAUUCUAAGGGACCUUAUGGAAGAAUGUCGCAUCGAAUAUCUAAGGCUUGCUCAAAACAAGACCGCGAUCUUCGAGCACUGUAACAACGGCUGGAAAAGAACCGAUACCAGAGAAACCAGGCCGAUUAACACCAUCAUCAUGAACAAAACACUGAAGCAGCUGCUCCUUCAAGACAUCCAAUCGUUCCUCGAUCCCAGAGCUCGAUCCUGGUACGCUCGCCGUGGGCUACCAUAUCGAAGGGGCUACUUGCUGUACGGCCGUCCUGGAACCGGAAAAUCCAGUCUUAGCAUGGCCGUCGCUGGCUGUUUCAGACUGGAUAUCUACGUUCUCAGCCUUGCUGCUUUGAAUGAUGGACAACUCAGUACCUUGUUCAGGGAGCUUCCUCAACGCUGCGUUGUCCUACUUGAGGAUGUUGACGCAGUCGGCACAACUCAGUCUCGUGUAUCUGAUGCCGAUGAUUUUGACACCAGGCCGGAAGAUUCACGGAGGUCAUCAAAGCCAAAAGGGACUGUUUCGCUAUCCGGGCUCCUCAAUGUCCUUGACGGCGUCGCGUCACAAGAGGGGCGUGUACUCAUUAUGACGACAAACCACAUAGAACAUCUCGAUGAAGCUUUGAUUCGAUCUGGUCGCGUUGACAAAAAGAUCGAGUUCCAGCUUGCAGAUGCUGAUGUUGUCAGGGAAAUCUUCAACACUGUGUUCCAGCAAUCUGAAGUGGAGCUGCCCGAUUUGGAGAAGCGAACAGACAACAACGAGAAAGCCCGACGACUCGCAGAUCAGUUUGCAUCACAGGUACCGGAGCUGGAGUUCAGUCCUGCCGACAUAUUUUUCUUCCUCCUAGCAAACAGAGACUCGCCGUCAGGCGCUUUGGCUGAGGUGAACGCCUGGGUGUCCCGUACUCGGGAGGACAAAGCGCUAAGAAGGGGAGAUUCAUGGGUUCAGAGUGAUUAGUUUGGGGGGAUCUAUAUGAUGCACUCUUCUCCUUGGUUUCGCCUUAUUUGAAAUUAGUCCAACUAUUUGCCAUUCCUUGUCAACCAUACAGACAGCAGCUAUCUCUUUCUAGUUCGAUACACAACUCAAGUAUACUCAGUCCUUCACUGGCCCGUUGUUGAAUACAAUAAACACCCCUCGUACUACAACCCAGCUUAGAGGAAAGUGUCGUCUGGGGUUGUUAGCGAGGACCUGCGACAAAAGCAAACAGACAGCUUGACCUCGACAUGGC